GAACUCGGAGGCAUCGAGUGGCGGGUCUCCCCGGCUGAGGCAGAAGAAGACAAGGUCCGAUACCAAUUCCCCAAAGCGUCCAGACUCGCCAAUAAUGUCGCCGGCUUCGGGGUUCGCAAGUGGGCCUCGGAGGUCUAUGACCCUGAACAGCGAUGCCCUGUCAGCAUCUGGAGAGGGGAAUGGCAAGAGGCGUGGCAGCGUCGUGGCCUUGGCAAACUUCCAGAAGCUGGAGAGUGACAGCAAGCUAUCGGAGCAUAGCGGCCUGCAUCUUUUGGGCAAGAUACGAGCAAGAGUUACCUUCCUGGUCAAGCGCGAUUAUAUAUCCAACAUGAUGGCCAUUGUGGUUCUUAUCGAUGCCCUUCUUACUGCGACAGAUAUUGAUGCCCGAGCCGCGGACCGGCGAGCUCCGCCCAUCGUCGCGACCCUGUCAGAAAUGUGCCUGUAUUGCUACACGGCCGAGCUGCUCCUCGUACUGACGGUCAAAGGCCUGUCGGCUCUAAAGGACUGGAUGGUGGUGCUUGAUCUUCUGAUCGUCCUGUGUGGCUAUGUGGAGUUGGUCAUGCUGCGACUUGCAUAUGGAGGAGACUUGGCAGACUCUUUGGGCACACUCCGCGUAUUGCGCUUGGCCCGAAUUGUGCGAUUGAUGAAUUUGCUGCGAAAGAGCCGUUCUCUCAAAGAACUUCAGAAGUUGGUCAUCAUGCUCACGACGUGCAUGAAAGCUCUCGCUUGGUCCUUCCUUUUCUGCUUCGUCAUAAUGACGAUCUGGGCCAUGAUGAUCGUUGAGAUAGUCCACCCACAUGUCAAAGAAAUGUAUCUGACUGAAGAUGUGUUCGCAGACUGUGCGGAUUGCUUGCAGGCGACAGAGUCCGUUAUGGGCGCCAAUCUGCUCCUGUUCAAGACGGUCAUUGCGGGAGACAGCUGGGGCCAGAUUGCCGUGCCUGUGAUCAAUCGACAUCCGGAGACGUUCCUGAUAUUUGUUGGGUCUUCUUUGACGCUGGUCUUCGGCGUCCUAAACCUGAUCGUUGCCGUGGUCGUCGACACAUUUGCCGAGGUGAGAGAGAGCGAUGUGCUGAAUUUAGCACAGGAGCUCGACCACAAUCUCGAGAUUGACAAAAAGAUUCUACAAAAGAUUUUCGAACGCCUCGACAUUAAGCAGAAAGGUGAGCUGACCUUGGACGAACUUUUGGAAGGUGCACGCAGGGAUCCCGAGUUUCAGAGCCGUCUGCGUGUCAUGGACAUUGAUGAAGUGGAUCUGCGGCAACUCUUCGAAAUGAUUGAUGUGGACGGCUCCGGUGCCAUUGAGGUCGAGGAGUUCGUUGUUCCACUCAGCCGUUGGGUCCACGACUCAAAGACAGCACCGAGAUUCAUCAAGUACAACUUGAUGCACUCGAUGCACCAGCAG